AUGGCAGCAGUAGCGUUUACAGUAGUGGCAGUACUAGUGGCACUGGCACUGGCACUGGAAGUAGCAGCAAGCAGAAGCAACGACAACGAAGACUUCAAGAAAGACGAAGAGACGAAUGAACAGAUCGAUCAAUCAAUCAAUGGAUCAAUAAUCUACGUACCAGUCAGCCAGCGUGCCAGUCAACUUGCAGAGGCACUGGCGAAGUCGGCCAAUGGUAAGACUGUAACUAAGGAAUCAGGGCCCAACGAGAAGCUGGUUGGCGGGGUCAGGGACUCUGUCCACACCCAACUUUCGGACUCCGUAAGGUUGAGGGGAAGGGAUUCCGAUGAGGGGUGA